UUUCCGCUCAGCUCGUGUUAAUGUGUCUCUCUUCACGGACUUCACCGCGGACCGAACUUUUCUCAACUUCUUCGGUGGUUUCUCGUCGUUAAAGAAGUUUCCUGUUUUCAUCCGAUCUCUCGGAGAAUCCGGUUUGUUCUGCGGGAAAUGAGGCUUCGGUGACGAGGAGGGAGCCGAGCCGAGCCGAGCGGGCCAACCCGGGUUAGAUCUCAGAAUAUGAGAAGAUGGCGUUGAUUCUGUGGAUUGUUGUGAUUUUACUGCGGAGUGUAGCAGCUGCAGGUGUGACGUUCACCAAGCAUCCGUCCAAUCAGACGGUGUCUCAGGGUAACGCAGCCAGGCUGGUGUGUGCGGUCCAGGGAGUGACAGAACCCGACAUCGUGUGGAUGAAGGACGGACACAAAGUGUUGAGCUCGGACCAGAUGUUCAUCACACUGGGAGAGAAUCACUGGGAGACGUUCCACAGCUUGAAGUCGGUCCAGCAGCAGGACGCGGGUCAGUACUGGUGUGAAGUGGAGGUCCACGGCCGGACGCUCUCCUCUCAACCAGCCUGGAUCACAGUGGAAGGUGUUCCUCACUUCCUCCAGGAACCUCAGGAUGUGGCCACGUUCCCUAAUGAGCCCGUCAACCUCACCUGUGAGGCGGUCGGCCCCCCCGACCCAGUCGAGGUGCUGUGGUGGCUGGGGGGGGUUCAGGAGGGAGAGGCCAGAUUGUCCCCCUCCGUCCUCCAUGUCCAAGGAAUAAACAGUAGCUUCAAGUUUUACUGUGAAGCAAAGAACAGCAGAGGAAUCUCGGUGUCCAGGACCGGCACAGUUCACAUUAAAGUGUUGCCGGCUGCUCCGGUCGAACUCCAGGUCGUGAGGAUGCUGGACAACAACAUCACGUUGUCAUGGAAACCAGUGUUCACAGGCCACUCUGAUCUGUCCAGCUGCAUCGUCCAGGUGCUGAGGCGCUCGGUUCGGAGGCGGGAGCUCCCUCAGCAGGAGGUUCUGGUUCCUCCUCACCUCCUCCUCCUGUCCGGUGUGAGGAGUCACUCUAACUACAGUGUGAGGGUCUCCUGUGUGAACGAGGUGGGGGCGUCGCCCUUCUCCCCCUGGCUGCACUUUACCACCCCCGAGUCAGUUCCCUCUGCAGCCCCGAGGAACCUGACCUUUGACCUGUCGGAGCAGAAGCUGAGUCUGAACUGGGCGGAGCUUCAGGAGGAGGAGCUGCAGGGGAACCUGCUGGCCUACAAGGUGCAGUGGAUUCUGGGAGGAGAACAUCAGGAGCCUCUGCUGUUUAAGGAGAACUGGGCUCAGCUCUCGGGCGGAGGUCGGUUCCUUAACGCCUCCUUCCAGGUGUCGGCCUGCACCUCAGUGGGCUGUGGACCCUGGAGUCUCCCAGUCCUGGUGCUGCCGGCCUCAGUGCAGUUCCAGGUCCAGCGGAGUCACAUGUGGGUCGGCCUCUUGCUGUGUGUGUUUGUGGCCACGGUUGUGGGUCUGCUGCUCGCCAUCCUCGCUCGCCGCCGGGGGAAGGAGACACAGUUUGGGUGGGCGUUGAAGCCUCCAGGUGCCGAGAGCUCUGUCUCCUUCACCGCCGCUCGCUCCUUCAGCAGAAACUGUGCGGAGCCCGAGUCGACACUGGACAGUCUGGGAAUAAACAAUGACCUGAAGAAUAAACUGCAGGAUGUCCUGAUUCCAGAGAGGCUGAUCACACUGGGACACAUGCUGGGGAAAGGUGAGUUUGGCUCGGUGCGUGAGGCCUUCCUGAAGGCAGAGGACACGUCUGUCCAGAAAGUGGCUGUCAAAGUCCUCAAAUCUGACAUCACUUCGUCAGGUGACAUCGAGCAGUGUCUGAAGGAGGCGGCCAACAUGAAGGACUUCCAUCACCCCAACGUCAUCCAGCUCAUUGGAGUGAGUCUUCACCGGCGUCGAGGUCAGCGUCUUCCCAUCCCGAUGGUGGUUCUUCCCUUUAUGAAACAUGGAGACCUGCACACCUUCCUGCUGCUGGCCAGACUGGGAGAGCAGCCCUUUGACCUGUCCCUGCACACACUGGUGAAGUUCAAGUUGGACAUCUCUCGGGGGAUGGAGUACCUGAGCAGCAGGAACAUCAUCCACAGAGACCUCGCCGCCAGAAACUGCAUGCUGGAUGAGAACCUGAAGGUGUGUGUCGCAGACUUCGGUCUCUCAAAGAAAAUCUACAGUGGAGAUUAUUACCGACAAGGCUCCGUCUCCAAACUGCCAGUGAAGUGGAUCGCUCUGGAAAGUCUGGCUGACAACCUGUACACCACCCAGAGCGACGUGUGGGCGUUCGGUGUGACCAUGUGGGAGAUCAUGACUCGUGGGCAGACACCGUACCCCGGCGUGGAGAACUCUGAGAUCUACGAGUUCCUGAUCAAAGGUGAACGACUGAAGAGACCUCCAGACUGUAGGAGCGACAUUUAUGACAUCAUGCACAGCUGCUGGAGUCCGGUUCCUAAGUGUCGUCCCAGUUUCCAGCAUCUGGUCAACCAGUUGGAGGUGCUGUGGCGUAGCUUGUCCCCUGCCCCCCCACAGAAGGAGCCCCUGCUCUACGUGAACCUGGAGGGGGAGGAGGGGGAGCCGGGCAGGGAGAGAGGGGGAGGAGACAGGGAGGCAGCAGCGUCCAGCUGGAACGUCCCCUGGCUGCAGCGGGCGGGGGACGAGGACAAACACUGGCUGAUGGUGGGCUCCGGGGCCGAGCUCGCCAUCGGAGGAGACUACAGGUACAUCGUUGGGCCCCGAGGAGGCCCCGAGGAGGAGGAUGCUGAGGGAGGAGGGGAGAGGAGGAGCGAGUCGAUGGACACGUUACAGGAGGAGCUGAGGGACGAAGAUGACGUCAUUAAUGUGUGACUGACCAAUCACAGCUCUCCUCCUCCUCUCACCUGAUUGGCUCUGCUGAUCAGAGGGACACUCACUCGGUGGCUCCGAGCAGCAGCGGGGGGGGGGGGGGGGACCACUAUACACGUAGGACACUAAUUCAAAUAGAUCUAAACCACUUCCCACAGAGAGAAGUUCUAGUGAGGAGGAGAAAUGUCAUUUUAACCAUGAAAUGUGUUGUGUUGUUUUUGUCGCGCUGCCUGUAAGUGUUUUAUUUAAAUGAACCUCGUGAUGAGGAUUGAUAAACGUGAUCAUGUGACCACAGAACCACAUUCUGUCCACGCGUUCUAAUACAAACAUGGAAGUGGAACCGAACCGGACUCAACUCCCGGUUCUAUCAGAUUGAAAUGACUGGCUGGGACCAACUGACUGGAUUCAUCUGAUCCGGAGACGUUUCUUUAACAUUUCAAUGAAUUAUGUGUCAACGUGCUUCACUCUUUGAAAUGAAGUUAACUCGCUGCUGGUUGAAUGGAGCUGCUCGGCCUGUGUUGUGUCACAUGGUGUCCUCACCUCUGUCCACCAGGUUGUAGAUAAUAAAGUUCUUUGUGUCA